CUGUGCUUCACUCUUCAUGUCAAAGUCAACUCAUUAAAUCAACAAAAUUUAAAGGUCGUAAUUCGUAUUUCGUUAAUCGUCGUAAAUAUUAUUACUUAAUAUUAUUUUAUAGGUUAUUGAGUAAAAUAUGAAUUUUAGCAGCGUUGCAAAUUUUGGCAAAUAUAUAUGGAAGACACAAGAUGUUCCAGGCUUUGGGUUUCAACAACUUAGGAAUAAAUGGGCGAAUCGAUGGAUGAUUCGCGAUGUUAAACGGCGUCGUUUAUGUGCCGAACACUUUUUAGAAAGGACAAGAGUUAAUGCAUUGAGAAAAAAUACCAUUUUACCAGUAGAAGUAAGGGAAAUAGCAGAUAAAGAAAUAAAUAAGUUUGAAUUGAAUGCUUCCCCUCUAAGGAUCAACAACAGAUGCGCUGUCACCUCGAGACCCCGAGGAGUUGUAAAAGAAUGGAGAUUGAGUCGUAUUGUGUGGAGACACCUCGCUGACUACAACAAAUUAUCUGGUGUUCAGAGAGCCAUGUGGGGUUAAAUUAGAUUUUAAAAAUAUAGAUGUAAUAAA